AUGGAUACCAGCUUGAACGGCUCGAUUUCGAGAGGUACCCUCUCAAGAUUCUUUAAAAGAGCUGGUUCAGAAAGCUCUGGGAGUGGUGAUUUGCAACAGACGACAUCAAGCCAUAAAACUAGGAAACUAGGAACACUGUUUUCGAAAGAGGGCCGGAAGUUAUCAUUAUCCCAAAGUAUUGAACAUAUUGCUUCCCUCUCAUCCUCACCCAACACUCCCAUCACCCCCACUACACCUACAACACCUGGAACGCCUACUACCUUUAUUACACCUACUACCUUUAACACACCUAAUACGCCUGCCACACCCCGCACUCCUAUUGCAGGUACUCCCAAGGGAAGAAGAAGAGGAACGGUUCUUGAGGCUAUUGCACCGGAGGGGGAGGAGGAGGAGCUUCGAAGCUACUUUGAUGAUGAUACUGAGGACGAAGAGGAGCGGAAUACCCUCCGUGCAAGGUACAAUCAUGUUCGAAUGAUGGCUAAAGUUACGAACGGUUUCAAAUCCAAAUCCAAGGUUCAUGUCGGAGAAAAGAAGGGAACAGAGGAGGUAGGGGAAGCAACCAAGAAACAGGGAACAGAGCUGCACAGGGAGCUACAUAAAUACGAAAACAUCAAAGUUCAGACAACAGUUUUUGGGAGAGAUACCUCCCAAGAGACAAUCGAUGAUGAUGAAAUGGAUUUUACUGGGACUUUUCAUUAUUUUGCAGAGUCAAACCGCAAAUAUGUGCGCCCAGGACGUAAUGAGGUCCUUCAUAUUCGUGAUGGCGGUCGAGAAUAUAUCACCGUAGAAAGAAUAAAUGGAGUGUGUAGUAUCACUGCUGGUGUCUUUGAAUGCAUUGUCGCAGAACUGGCCCACCCCGUUCUCACCCCCCACGGAAAUAUUACGAUGCUGAAGACUGUAUUUGAUCAGCUCAAGACCAGUGUUGGAAAUAGUGCUCAGGAGGUGAAUCUCGUCCAUUUUAUUUUGCAUUGGAUCAAAGAGAAACCGGAAGACUUCAGUUGGUGUAAUGAAAUUUUGGAAUUACGAUUCCAAAUAUUUCGUUAUGUUCUUGAUACCUUCAAGAAAACUGUGCUAUCCCGUAACUUGUAUGGUGUUUCGGUUAGGCAUCACAAGUUAGAAGAAGCCUAUAAGAUUUAUGCAAAACAUCAAAAGAAAGGUUGGGUCAGCUUCAGGGACAUCAAGAUGUCUUAUGCCAGGCCCACCAAGUGCGAUCUUGUGCCGGUUGGUCUUUCAACCAUCAAUAUCGAUGAUUUGACCAACUAUAUUUCCCUAGUCGAUGUUAUCCUCUUUCGUGAUGGUUGUGAGAUGGGCGCGUUGGAUUCACACUGGAAGGAGAAGGCACAAAUGGAAAUUCCUCGCGAAUACACGUCGAAUGAUUUCUUUUCUGAGAGACAGGCCCCCUUUUGGUGGCCAGUUGAAAGAAUAGAGAGAAUUCUGGAGAGACAGAGAAUGAUCAAGCACUGGGUCGCAUUGGAAAUUAUGCAUUUGGAUACGAGUGCUUCUAGAACUCAGAUGAUCAAAGUUUUUAUCUCCGUGGCGGGGAACUUACUGGAAAUGUCAGAUUUUCAUGGUGUGUUUUGCAUCAUGGAGGGUUUGCAGUGUCCAAUGGUCCGCAAUCUCGAGAGGAGUUGGGAGGACAUCGGUUAUCUCCAUCUGCGUUUGUUCAAACAGCUGAGAGAAAUCGUCAACGAUAAAAACGUCUAUCACCAGUUCUUAGGAGUCGAAAGUGGAAACCCAGUGACUCCAUACUAUGCCCAUUUUUUAGACGAGGUCACCGAUAUUCACAAUUCAAAAGACCAUUCUGCACGUAUCAAGUCAACUGGAACCAGUAAAAUGCACCUGGAUGCACCGUUAAGCAAGUUUGGAGUAUGGGACACAGAAGAUAGAAAAGCUCCCGCAACUACCUCGGAGGACGGCACGCCGAAAAUACCCAUAUCUUUGGACUUUCAAAAGUACCGAAAGCUUCUUUCCACAGUACAGAGCUAUCAAAAACGCGUUCAGCCCGAAUAUAAACAUUGUGGAGAGAUCACAAGUGGCUGCUUUGUUCUGAAGCUCCAUCUUGUUGGUAUGAAGAACUUCGUUAAUUUAGCGGAAAUAUCAGACAUGACUUCUCCUGAGCUUAAAGGGAGAUUGAAUGGGAUGUCUCAGCUUAUAGAGACCAGGAUAUUGGAAGCAUGGUCACUACAGCCGAAAAACGAUAUCCCGCCUGUCUACAGGGAUGGGGAUGCCACUCGAUGUCUGGUAUUACAGAAUCUUCAGAAGGCGCUGGGAAAUUGCGCUUAG